AUGGCUAGUCUCGUCUACACCAUACAUGUUACCGUCAAUGAGUACAUUGAAAAACCGAAUAUGUUCCCUAGGGUUUAUUUGGUGACUCUGGUGGUUUGUGUUUUCCAGUCACUCAACCUGCAACUCGUGAUUUGCGAUCUCUACACGUUCUGUCGUGAUAGAAGGCAGGAGGCAUGUAUCAGGGAUAUCUGGGAGGUAUGGCAAGUAAACGACGAGCUGCGCUUGGAAAUAUUGGAGGUAUGGCAUGGUUUGAUGGCGAGAUUGGUGGAAAUAUUGCAAACGGUCGAAAUGGGUAGUGUUACAAACGACAUUCAGCAAGAGCUUCGAGACAUUUCUGAGCGAUUGAAGACCAUGGAAAAGUAUCUCAAACUCCAAAUUUUGGCCUUCAACAUUUUUAUCGAAAGUGAUCACCAGCUCUUCCAGCCGUCUUAUGCAAAUGAUAAAGACCAAUAA